UGUAUGAUAAUGCAGUAUACUACAUUGGUAACCAUGGAAACUGUAAAGCAAGCUUGUAAACUAGAAGAUUUUUGUAUAAAAUUUGCAUGGAAAAAUACAUCAUCAAUGGGCAGAUUGGCGAAGGAGCGCAAGGUUUGGUCCUGAAAGCACAUGAUAAAUCCAGAGAUCAGGAAGUGGCAGUAAAGAAAAUCCUGAUUAAAAGGACUGAGGAUGGUCUGCCUGUGUCCAUUAUACGUGAAGUGAAAAGUUUACAGCAGCUCAAGCAUCCUUAUGUCAUAGAGUUGCUAGAUGCUUUUCCAAACGGUUUAGACUUCAUGAUGGUGUUUGAAUAUAUGCCAACAGGUUUGUGGGAAAUAUUGAGGGAUACUGAUAUAUCCUUGACGCUGACGCAAAUUAAAACAUACAUGAAAAUGUUGCUGGAGGGUAUAGCAUAUAUACAUAGCAAGAAUAUAAUACACAGGGAUUUAAAACCUGCAAACUUGUUGAUCAGUGAUAAGGGAAUCUUGAAAAUUGCGGAUUUUGGCUUAAGCCGAUUGAUGUGGCAGGAUGGUACAAAGCCCUAUUCGCAUCAGGUUGCCACAAGAUGGUAUCGAGCACCAGAAUUACUCUAUGGAGCACGAUAUUAUACGUCUGCAAUAGAUAUAUGGUCGAUCGGUUGCAUAUUCGGUGAAAUGCUGAACACCUCUCCAUUGUUUCCAGGUGAAACUGAUAUCGAACAAUUGGCCAUAGUUUUGAAAUAUUUGGGUUCACCCACAUCCGAAUCGUGGCCCGAAUUAAGUUCAUUACCAGACUACAAUAAAAUCACAUUUCCUUAUCACAAAGCUACAACAUGGGAGAGUAUCAUUCAAGAUGCACAACCGGAAGCUGUUGAUCUAGUCAGGCAGAUCUUGAUUUACAAUUCGUCCAACCGCCUCACAGCUGAACAGGCAUUAUGUCACACGUAUUUUUACACCAAACCCUAUCCAUCGAUGAAGAAUCUACUAAAACCACCGCAAGAUCAUCGUCUUCGCGUGAAGCCGAAAGAAAUCAAUCCAAAUGUGCAACCAAGCACGCUGUUCGAAAAUCUUUUAAACAUUAUGUAAUGAUACUUGUGAGUGACGUAUGCGUUUGUUUAUAUAUGUAUAUAUAUAUAUAUACAUAAAUGUAAAAUAUUGUAUGUACAGAAGAUUAGAAGAUCUAUAAAC